GUGCAGCAGCCACACUUUUCUCGUCCGGAUCGAAGGCCAAGCAUGUUGUUCCUCACAUACUCCUCUUCAAAUCCAACGGGAUGUGAUUAUAUAUUAUGUGCACCUGAGGUUUCAUUCAAAUCAUUUGUGUGGCUGGUUGGGCGGAUGGAUUUCUUGGGAGAAACAACGGCUGGGUAUGAUAAUUGUGGCAGCCUUCCUGGAAUAAAUGACCAUGCUCUUUGGGCUACUGAUCGAGGAUGAUUAUAGAGCCUGGAAUGAAAGUGGCGGGUAUAAGCCCUCGAGCAAGAAAUCCCGUGCCUCACAGGGCUUGGAGUCUCAAGUCGUAGUCCCAAUUAGAUCCAAAGCCAUUGGGAAGAUGUUCUUCAAGACCAAACUGUGUUACAAGUUCCGUGCGGGGGGUCUGCCCCUAUAUCACCAACUGCAACUUUGCUCAUGGACUUGAAGAGCUUCACAAGCCGCCUCCUAAUUUGCAGGAGAUAGUCACUGCUCAUGAGGGAGGGGUGGGAUUUGAAAACAACAGAGAGGAACACCAGUUUCCAAUAAUGACUUGCCCUGAAUCGCGGGCUGACUUUCAGAGGUCUCACAAAGGAAGGCACUGCAAGAAGUUCUAUACCGAAGAGGGUUAGCUGCACCUAUAUUCAUGAUGAACAGGCGCGGUCCAGGGAGAGUGUUGCCAUUAGUGUGACUCCACCAUGGGCGAUUUCGAUAAGAACAGCUCAACAUCGAUGUACCAAAAGCCCACCAACUGGAAGACAAGGAUUUGUAACAAGUGGGAAACAACGGGGUAUUGCCCAUUUGGAACCAAGUGCCGUUUCGCUCACGGGGCAGCAGGAUCCGCUUUCUGAAUCGGGUCAUUUGGUGGAUUUAUUGUCCGUCAAAUUGGUGCUCUGAUUGAGAGUUCGAGAAUCAUACUCAAAGGUAAUCCUCCACAAAGACGAUGGUGCAAACAUGCAGCAACGCCAACGCAGGUAUCGGAGCUCCCCACCAGGGAGAAAACAGCGCCACUGGAGGCCGGCACCCCCCAUCACCACGGGGGAGGCGGAGGCCCUCAUCCAGAGGGUCGGAGGAGCGACGAAAGGCGGUCAAGGAUAAGGAAGCAGCCGAUCUAUGGAAAAUGUAUGAGCGACUGGAGAAGCGGUUGGACGCCCAAAACCCCUACCGCCAGGCGGUCUUCAGUGAAGUAACACCCUUCUCUAGAAGGAUAAUGUCCCGCCCUCUCCUGGACAACUUCAAAACCCCACAAAUCAAAGCGUACAAUGGGACGGCCGAUCCCCAGGACCAUCUUGCUCGUUUCGGAGUGAACGUGGUCAUUUAUGCAUAUCCAGAAGAAAUCAAGUGUCAAUGCUUCCUGGCGACACUAGAAGGGCAGGCUUGUGAGUGGUUCCACAAGUUGCCCAAGGGAUCGAUAUACAAGUGGAGCGACCUGGCCCACAGGUUCUUGGAGCACUUCACGUCCAGCCGAAGACAAAAGCUCUCCUUCUCGCAUUUGCUCAAUGUAAAGAUUCGGAAGGGGGAGCAGCUCCGGGAAUUCAUUAAUAGGUGGGAGAAGGAGGCUAGGGACGUCCAAGGGGCGGACGACCAAGCCUUGAUCGCCAUGCUCCAAGCUGCACUCCCCCAAGGGGAUGUGCGCAAGGAGCUGCGACGGAAUCCACUCUCGACCUAUCAGGAGAUGUUGGCCAGGGCGAAAUACCUGGCAUUGGAAGAGGAAGACGAUAAGCCACCGGUCCGGAAGGAGAAGAAAAGCAGGCCACCGGUGGUAGAAGAAAAGAAGAGGAAGGAUUACGGUAAGGGGCUGAACCCCACCGGAUAUCAUACGAACAGACAUCCUGUUCACGCGAUACAGUCUUUGCCUGCCCCUCCUCACAGUCGGGAAAGCUAUGGUGUGCAAGAUGCACCGAGAUACUGUGAGUACCACCGUAACAGCACCCACAACACAUCGGAGUGCGUUACACUAAAAAAGGAGAUGAAUCAGUUGAUCGCCAUAGGGCCGCCUCCUCGGUCGGAGCGACCAUCUUCAGGUAACCGGACCUGGAAGAGACCGGCAGCCCCCACAGCAGCGAUCACAACAGGAGAAGGGCAGGAGGAUGGACGACGACAUCUAGGGAGAGAUUGUGACGACCUAGAUGUGGAGGAAAGGCAGGGCCGCCGACACCUUGGGUGUCGGUUCAUCAUGGGAGGCAACACCGGAGGAGAUUCGGUAUCCUCACGAAAGAAGUGGAAAAAUAUGGUGCAUCUGGCUGAGGUACAAAGGCCAACCCUGCCCAAGCGGAAGAAGAAGAAACCUCCGAUUUUCACAGACGAGGAUUACCCACCAGUCCUCAGCCCCCAUAGAGAUGCACUGGUGAUAAGGGUGGAAAUCAAUAAUGUGGUCGUCCACCGUACCUUGGUCGAUACUGGCAGCUCGGUCAACGUUAUGUACAACAACACCUUUAAGGAAUUGGGGUUGUCUCGAAGUGACCUGAAACCAAUCCAUACGCCAUUGUCGGGGUUCACAGGAGAUACCAUUGAAGCUGAAGGGACUAUCACGGUGAUGGCCGGGGUAGGAGAUGGCACCCACCGACUCUGGAUUGACAUGGAAUUCAUGGUAGUGCAACUCGACUGUGCACACCAUUUGAUUCUGGGGCGACCAGGGUUGGAGGACCUGGAGUGCGUGAUCGCCCCCGUCCACCUAUGCCUGAAGUUCAACACCCCCAUGAGGGUGGGAGUGGCGAGAGGGAACCAAAGUUUGUCUCGAUCGUGUUAUGUCAGGGCGACCAAAAGCCAGGCGCGAGUCGAUGAGAACGUGAGCACAAUCUGUGCUGCGAUCCAGAAGGAGGAGGGGCGACCUCGAGCUGUGCCAGCAGACGAGAUUGAAGAAGUCACCUUAGACCCGGCCCAGCCAGAACAAAAGGUAAAGGUAAGUAAAACUUUACCACCGAGAUUAAAGGAGCAACUAUUGAGGGUCCUUCAAACAUUCAAAGUGCUGUUCGCUUGGGGCCCAGAAGAUAUGCCCGGGGUCGACCCAAAGAUCAUCUGCCAUAGGUUGGCGGUAGACCCAACCCACAAGCCGAUCAAACAGAAGAAACGUUUUCUUUCUUCAGAACGGAGAGAGUUUGUCACCAAACAGAGCCCAAACGCCCCGUCGCGGGUCAGCAAGUGGGGAGUGUUCCUGGGAUCUUUUCUGAUAGAGUUUAAGCCACGACCGGCGAUAAAGGGGCAGGCAUUGGCAGAUUUCGUGGUAGAAUGCACCGCAAGAGAGGUGGAGUCCAGUGGAGAAGAACCCGAGGUGAACUGGUGGACUGUGUACACUGACGGUUCGUUCGCGACUGAUGCUUCGGGGGGAGGUGUCGUGACAGUAUCGCCAGAAGGGUUCAAAGCAUACUACUCUGUGAGAUUCCAGUUUAGAGUCUCAAACAAUGAGGCUGAAUAUGAGGCGCUGCUUUGCGGUUUGAGGCUGGCAGCUUCAUUAAAGGCUGAACGAAUUCAAGUCCGGUGCGACUCUAAAUUGAUAGUAGGCCAUGUCACAGGAGAAUUUGAAGCCAAGGAUGAGCGAAUGAAGAGAUACAGGGACACCGCACUGGAGUUUCUUAAAGCAUUCGGGGCAUACCGGAUAGAGCAGGUUCCUAGAGAAGAGAAUGCCGAGGCGGACAUCUUGUCAAAGCUUGGUCCGGAUUCCCCAGAGCAUAUCAAGGCCAUGACCCAGGAAGAAGAGUUGCUCGAGCCAAGGAGCCGGCGGAUUGGAUCGAUGAGAUUACCAUGUACAUCCUUGACGGGUCGCUACCUACUGACCCAAUCGCAGCAAAGGGAUUGUGCAGAGUAUGUGCGUAAAUGCAAGAUUUGCCAGGAAUUCCAAAAGCAGAUUAUCACCGACAAUGGAACGCAGUUCGAGGCUAGAGGGUUCAAUGAGUUUCUACAGAGCUGGGGCAUAAAACACAGCUAUGCAGCGGUCGGUUACCCCCAGACCAAUGGGCAGGUCGAGAACACUAAUCGUACCAUCAUAGAUGGCCUGAAGAAGAAGAUAAUGGAAUGCAAAAGCGCCUGGGUGGAGGAAUUGCCCUACGUCUUGUGGACCUACAGAACUAUCCCGAGGAAGGCCACGGGUGAGACUCCUUUCUCACUCACAUACGGAUUUGAAGCGAGGGCUCCAGCGGAGACCUCGUUGCUGAGUUAUAGAGUGGAGACAUUUGAUGCCCCGGAAAAUGAAGAAAACUUGAGGGCAGAGCUGCACCUCAUUGAUGAGCGAAGAGAAAGGGCGUACAUACGGGCAGAGAACUACCGUCGGCAGGUCAAGUCAUAUCACGACCAGCGGGUGCAACCAAGGCAGUUCAGAGUGGGCGACUGUGUCCUUAGGAAAAGGGAGGUCAGUCGGCCGACUGAUGGGGGGAAGUUUGCUAAGAGCUUCGAAGGGCCAUAUGUCAUAAAGGAGAUGUUGGCCGAUGGGACGUUUAAAUUGACGAGACACCAGCUGGAGGCGACGUUCCGCGAGAUAAUCUCUUGCAUCUACUACAAUACAGUUGAGAACAAUCUCUACGUACUUCCAAAAGAAGGGAUAUUUUCCCAUACAUUUCUUACAAGGAAAAAGAAAAAUCUAGAACUUGGUGAGCAGCUGAGGCCCGGGAAGGAUGAAGGAUCCAGGGAAACAGGCAAGGUUGAAGGGUAGUUCUGCAGCUGUAUAGGCCGACAGAACUCUGAUCACCGGCCGUACAGAGCGACCACCUUUCUUCUCCAUCAUGGAACAGGAGCGGUCGCCCCCAGCCUCGACAAGAACCCACCGUCCUUCUCCUACCAGGGAGGGACGGGAGGCAGCUCACUUUUCUGUGAGCCCCAAUCGGCAUCACUUAGAUGAGGAUGCAGACCCUGAAGCCGCUCGCGCUACCCUAGAUCGCCUAAGGGCCUUCCGGGG